AUGUUCGACGUCUUCACUGAUGAUACCCCUGCUCCAGUAAUAGUCGACGGAGACGUCAUCGAGGCUGCCAAAGAAAACAUUCAACCUCUCGCAUCCGGCAGGCGUGUCACCGCACUCUCCCAGCUCCUUACUACACCUCAUGCUCAACGCGAAACGCGUCUGGCUGACGCACGCAAACGUCACCGGACCAACGUUGAGAUAGCGAUGGAUGACGAAGACGAAGAUGUAGACCCCCUUGAGGCGUACGCACGCUUUGUUUACUGGACGGUGGAGAACUACCCGCAAGGCCACAGUGCGGAAUCUGGUCUACUCGAACUGCUUGAGGAGGCAACGCGCAUGCUCAGGGAUGACAGGGGAGGGAAGUGGAGAAACGACCUGAGGUACUUGAAGCUGUGGGUGCUAUAUGCGAGCUACGUGGACAAGCCCACCAUCGUCUUCAAGUACCUCCUUGUGAACGAGAUCGGGACAAACCAUGCAUUGCUCUACGAGGAGUACGCGACGGCACUGGAGAGAGCUAACAGGCGCGCCGAAGCGGAUGAUACCUUCCUUCUCGGCAUCGCUCGCAAAGCCGCACCCCUCGAACGCCUCGAGACCAAGCACCGCGAGUUCCAGAAGCGCAUGAUGGCCUCCCCCUCAAUCGCCACCAGCUCCCCUCCCACCGAUGCACCUCAGACGGACGCGCCCCGCCGCCGAGCUCUCGGCGACACUGCACCGGCCUCCCGCACGCGCACCUCGCGCGCCCCAUCCAACGCGAGCAACACGCAGGACGUCUUCUCCGCGCCCCUGCCGGCCGCCCCGCGCCCGAACGGCCGCCUCCCGGUCUUCGUCGACCCCACCGGCGACGCCGAGAACGACCCGGAGCAGGCCGCGCAGCCAUCGCCGUGGCCAGAGCUGGGUACGCGCAAGACGCGCGUCAAGGAGAACACGGGGGAGGUGAGCAAGAUGGCGGGGACGACGCUGCGCCAUGCCGGCCGGGGGACGCGCGCGCCGUCGGGCUCGCGCAUCGCAGUCUUCCGGGACCCGGCCCCAGAGGACGAUGCAGCGGCGAUGCCGCCCCCGCCGGUGCCCGCGGCGAAGGGCAAAGCACGUUCGGCGAGCAAGAGCUCGGUGAGCUCCAUCGCGGUGUUCAGGGACGAGGGUGUCGAGGCUAUGGAGCCGGCCCCUGCGAAGAAGGCGAAGGGGAGGACGGCGAGCAAGAGCUCGAUCACGGUGUUCAAAGACGAAGAUGGCGAGGAGAACGCGGGUCCAGCGGACUCGGGCGCGAAGAAGGGCAAGAGCAAGGUGGCGGGGUCCAGUAAGAGCGCCAUUCCUGUGUUUCGGGACGAAGACGAGCCUGCCACUUCCUCCCUACCCCCUGUGCCGUCGACGCCCAAGUUUGUUCCAUUCAGAGACGAGGACGAGCCUGGCACACCGUCAACCUCGACUACCACGACACCUCCCGGGACUGUCAUGCGUCCGAAGCCCGCUGUCAAAGAUGUUACGAUGAGCGCAGAAGCUGAAGCCUUGCGCAAAGAUCCCUUCAAGAACUAUAGCGAAGAAGAACGCCCCGUUGAUGAUUGA